CGACGAGAAGAGGGUACGGCCCCGCGAGGAGGUGGUGUGGGGGAAGACUCCGAGCGGCGAAGUUUUUUGCGUCCCCACAACGCACGACGUCCUCACCCUUUUCCACCCCGCCUACCCAAAGUCGCACUUUGACCUGCUCAACCUCGCCCUGCUCGGCGCGCAGCUGCUCCUCUUCUUCCUGCUGCCCUCUUACCUGCGGAAGCCGUUUUUUCUCGUGUACUUUGCGUUCUGGCGGCUCGCGUACGACGCGGGGCUCGGCUGGGUCCUGACGCGGCAGAGCAAGCGCAGGUGGAUCGUCAAGGAGGUCCAGCGCCUCGGGUGGCUGGACGAAAAGCGCAACCCCAAGAUGAGGGACUGGAUACGGAAGCAGCUGCAAGGGAAGAUGGGGCAGGAUUAUUCGUUUGAUGCUUUACCCCUAGAGUACAAUACAUGGCUGCUCUUCCGCCAAGUAGUAGAUAUCAUACUUCUCAACGACUUCCUCGCGUACUGCAUGUUCGCAUUCUCGUGCUUCCGCGUCCCCAACGGCCUCUCCAUCCCAGUGCACAUAAUGAGGUGGAUCGGGGGAAUAGCGAUGAUCGGCUUCAACCUGUGGGUGAAGACCGAGGCUCACGGGGUCGUCAAGGACUACGGUUGGUACUGGGGCGACUGCUUCUUCCAGCGCGGGAAUCUCGUGUUCGACGGCGUCUUCGAGCUCGCGCCGCACCCGAUGUAUUCUGUCGGAUACGCCGGGUAUUACGGGUUGUCCCUCAUCGUGGGCAGCUACCCAGUGCUGUUCGUGAGCCUCGCUGCGCACGCCGCGCAAUUCGGAUUCUUGGUCGGCUUCGAGAACCCGCACAUCGAGCGGACAUACGGACAGAGGAAGCCCAUCGCGCAACGCACCCCCCUCAGGCGCACGCCCGCCUCCGACUCGAGCUCGCGCUCCCAGUCCGUUUCCUCCCUCGCCGACCUGACCACCCCGAGCGCCACGGAAGGUGAGACAGCCACCGAGACCGAGGAGCUUCAGACGGAGACCGAGACGGAGUUCGAGGGCACCGCGAAGCAAGAGCAGAUGAUGAAGAAAGCGGAAGUGAGCGCUGCGCUCACCCCCGCUACGGCCGUUACGAGACGUCAUAGAUCUGCGUUUGUUACCCAGCACGAUCUUAUGAAUACAUAUUUCAGGCAGGACACGAUCAUCCUGCGGAACAUCGACUUGUUUAGG